GGAUUAGUGUCUGUAUAUGAUAAUUAAGGCAAGAACAGGAAACCCUGUCUUCUGCCUCAUUAAAACGGAAAUACGGGAGAACUUGAUCUAGCUGAUAGUCUGUGGACGCAAUGUGUUGGGACAUCACUGUGCCACAAGGAGCGCUUAAAAUGAAAUUAUCUACAUUGUUUAAUGUUUUAAAGGGCUAUACACUCAGUAUAAUAUCCACAGCGUAAAAAAGCACCCACAUGCCUGUUAUUGGUACGAUACAAGUCUGUGUGAACUGUUUUGCGGAUUUAAUUGUCUGUGGAGUACAGCUUGGGGAUUCAGUCAUUAUUCAUCACAGCCAAAGAGCGAUGUUGUUCAAUGUUCCUUGCUGUAACCGGAUGUGGAUUUAACACAAUUAUACCAUGGCGCAUGCGUGUGAUGAACAGCGGAUGUCGUGCCAGAACAGCUACAAUGUGUCAUUUCAAACUCCCGGUCUAUACUCACCGAGUCUGAAGGAUGUGCAUUCGUUUAGGAAUCUCAGUCUGAGCUAUGAAUUUCCAAACUUCGGAGAUUUUUCUACUGUUAAGACCUUUAAAGACAAAAUGGCAUACAAUGCUGCAAAUUCAAGACGAGGCUCUGGGCCUGUGGCAAGCGCAUGGGUUGACCCACUGGCGUCAAGUGCGAAUCCAAUCAUACAGCAGACUCAUCCCAGCACGCCAAAAACUAGCACUCCAUUACCAGGGAGGACUGCAACCUCUAAACGACUGGCAGUUCGUUUCCAAAACAGCAGUUGUGUGACGUCAUCCGAUGACCCAGUUAUGACGUUCCUGCUGAAAAUUUUACAUCAGCUAGAGGAAGACAGAGAAGAGGAAAUGGUCCAAAGAAAGAAAGAACGUCGGCAAUGGAGGGAGAAAUGGAGACUGAGACAACUUACUGGUCGAGGGUCGGACACAGACUCGGAUGCGUCGAGCGACAAUGACCUUGACCUUUCCGUGUUCACGGUAGAGCAGUUCCAGCAGAUGAAGAUCAGAAUGGCCCAAGGUCACUCACUUGGACCGAACAUUAGAAAAGAUAUCUCAAAGACGAAUGGGAUAUCCAGUAUGGUUGAGAGGCUGAAGGACUUGACGAUGGCGGACAUCGACCAGCCAGAACAUGCCGCCUGGUUAUUUGACCAAGGCAACCACAAGACAGUGUGGUGCGUCGUUGCAGAUAUGUUGUUCUGUAUAUUCGAGAGCAAGACGUCAGAACGUCCCCAGGCCGUCGUGUUGUUGCCCGGAUGUUCCGUUCGAUCCCUUGUAUACAGCUCAGCGGCAACAAAACCCAACCAAGCUGCGUCCAAGACGAUAUCCGGUUUGGACAAGUACCAAAUAAUUUUGGAUGACUCGGGCACUCACAAGAAAUACCUGUUCAGCGUGCAGAAGAAAUCCGACCUACUUUGCUGGAUGGCGUAUCUCAAACCAGCCUCAAACUUGGAGAAUGAUGCACAAACCGAUGCAUCCAACGGUCCAAGGCGUCACUCCGUUAGUGGGCCCGUCCCUAUCCUGAAGGGGGAGGCACAGACUCAUGUCACGCCCAAAUAUGCUCCAUCCGCCAGAACCUCUGUCCGUACAUCUAAGUUGGUAAAGUCAGAAUCGUUUACGGACGGUGUACCAGUUGCGGGUGCAGAAACUUUACCAAGCCCUGAACGGGAAACUUCGAGUCCGAUCGCCGGGACAUCGCCUCCAAAAGACUCACUUGGAGACUUCCGAAGACGGUUGCGCCGGGAUACGGAACCAGAGAUAGUGAAAACGCUGCCGGUGAAGGCAACUCACUUUCAAAAGUCGUCGCCUAAACAAAAGAAAUCUAGUACCUUCAGGAAACUCAGAUCAUUCGGUAGUUUAGAUAGUUUGUUUAAAAAGAAGUCUCCAAAAGACACCGAUUCCACAGAUUCGAAUUCAUUAGACGACAAUGAUGGUGCGUCGUCUCUCUCCUCUUCUAUAGACUUUGUUGCUGCAGGUUUGAUCGAUUCCGGGCCCAAUACGGGCCUCGGUCGGCCACAGAGUCGGAAGCUAUCCCGGUCACUUGACUUUGGCAAAUCUGAAAAGGGAUUGAGUAAGGGCAUUAUGAGAACUGCUUCGGAUUUAAAGGACAAACUAAAACGCAACAAGCCAGAAAUUCCGGUGAUCCUGAAGGAUCUCCAGGAGAUACGUAUGAGUGGGUAUUUACAGCAGAAAUACCUUCUUAAAUGGCAUAAACUGUGGUGCGUUGUUUGUAGAGGGUGUAUGUUCGGGUUUAAGUCGAUGGCGCCGGAUGAAUCCGCAACAGUGGCAGUUGUUCUAAAUAAUUCAAAGGUGGAAUAUAUGCCAGAUCAAGAGAAAAGAUUCAAAAAAUCUUAUGUGUUCAAAGUCUCCCAUCAGAACCGGAAAAGUGUUUAUUUCAAUGCCGUCGACAACACCGAGCUCUCGAAUUGGCUUCAAUGUUUACAGAUGGAGGCUAGCAAGGUAAAAGUGGACAAAGUAGAUAAGUGCAAGGCCGAAUCAAAGUUAUUACGUGAUUACGAACACAUAGACGGAUACAGUAAUACGUCAUCAAUUACGUCAUCAUCCCAUUCACGAGCAGCAAAAGCAACAUCAGCACCACCAAAAAUCAAAUUUAGAUCAAGUGAAAAUAGUCCGUCGACAAAGGACGACAUACGAACUUCGCUCCCCAAUGGUCGCACAAAUGGCGACAGAGAACUAUCUGGUACUGACGCAGAUUUCUCGUCAUCAGCAGAGGAAUGGGGUUUAUCCUCGUUACCAAUAAUGCCGAGCAAGAACUCCUUUGGACUACCUGUCGAUGACUUCCCCGAACAUGAUCCUGCUUUAAAGGAAGUUUGGCAGAAAGACCGGAACUAUUUGUUUAACUUGGUGCGCGCCAAACUGAGAGGUUACCGGAAACGACGAGAAAGUGACGUCAGUGGGGAUAUCCCUGGUCCAAACAACGAGGGGUUGAUGGUAGUCAACGAAGACGUGCGUGUGACAAAUCGAGAACCUAAGUCGCGCAAUCUAAGAAGAACAAAAUCUGUAAGCGUCACUCCAUCAUCUUCUUCCGCUUCCGGUCAGGAGAACAAAAUUGCUGCCAUGGCGACAAAGGUAGACAACUCACCAGAAGCCUCACCGGCGUCACGGCGGAAGAAGCACAAAGCUCUGUUAGUUAAGAAAAUAGCUGCAAAAGAAAUUGAGGAGCCAGUCAUCACCGGGUACAUGGAGAGAAGAAAUAUCAGCGAACAAUGGCUCAGGUAUUGGUUUGUCCUGAAGGGGUCCUCGCUCUUCUGUUACCUCACCCCAGACGAUUCUAUCACCGUGGACCUGCUGGACGUCCGGGGGUACGGAGCCGAAUGUCUUGUCGACAGGUUCAGAGGGAAACGCUUCGUCCUUCACCUCACGCAUGAGGAGUACGUGUCGGUACAUCUGUCCAUCGACAACCGGGACGAUAUGGAGGAGUGGAAGGCAGCCAUACAGGAGGCGGCUGGGGAUUCCCCUAGUCCUCAGGCUGUGACGUCAGAGACAGUUAUUGUAGAGCCUACCUCGGUGACAGAUGGGUCUACAUACGAAGAUAAAUGUGUGUCGGUGAAACAGAAGCUUUUAAACGAGAUGUUACGUCAGAAACAUGAGUUAGAGAGGAAACAGGCAGCUCGACAGCGGCGUUCUCACGGAGUGGAGUCCCCCAACAAAGACCUCAGCUCGGUGGAGAAACAAAUCACCUACGCAACACACAUACGUCAGAGACGUCUGUCUACACAGAUCAAGAUGGAGACGAUAACUAAACAGCUACACAGCCAGACUACGUCAAGCAAGCGCUUUCCUUUCAGUUUCGGAGGCAAGAAAAAGACCAACAACCAAGACCACCUGAAAGGUCAGCUACAGGAACUGAACAACAAACUACAACAAAUCGACCUUGACCUUACAUCACACAUCAACAAAUCCACGUCCAAGACGGACUUAUUAGACAUGAACCAGAACCGGAAGUCCAACGGUAAUGGCGUUCAUGAACAUGAAUCACGUGUCAGUGAUGACGCCUCAUUUGCUGUCAGAUUACCACCCGGUAGCAGCAAUGGUACAAAAGAUGACAGUGAUAUGAAUAAAACAAACACUUUAAAAAACAGUGUUCAGAAACUAGCUCAGAAAACAUUUUCUAGAUCUGUCAAGUCAAAAAAAUCAAAGCGUUCUAAUGACGGUGAUGCAAUAACGAACGGGUACCUAUCAGACUCCAUGGUAAUAGACCGACAUCGGCACGGCCUGGAGAAUGGCGACCCUUCCACGGAGUACGACUCUGAGGACGGAACAGAAACUCACAAGGCGGACAGUCUCACCGACCUGACCACAACAAACACCUCUUUUACUAGUGAUGAUAAUGUGUUCGAUAACAAAUCUGACUCAGGCGGCACCAAGUUCAAAUCCAGGAAAAGCAAUUCUUCAUACUCAUCCAACUCAUCGACACAUUCACAGGCUUCCACGCCAAGGAAGGAGGUGGACCCCAACAUCAUGGCGGAAAUCGACGCUUUUGAGGAUUUCACGAAACAGAUAAUGGGAAUGAAGUUGUAAACAUCCUGAAGCCGACAUUGUGUCCCUAUUGUCAUGGUCCCAACGGAGGAUGUCCUUCACUUGUGGCAGUGUGAUAUAAUGUAAUCCUGACUACACCACAGCGUGGUAAUGUCCGGUAGUCUCAGAUACACCUUAUUACAUAUACUCUCGACCAGGACAAAAAGAAGCCAUUAAGCCUUCCGCGUUAGUUAGUGGUGAUUUGAUAGGUCGUGUUUUAAGUCACAUUGCCAGCCUGUUUACAGGAUUAGGAUACCAUGGACGCUUGUUUAUCUCGAUACGUCCGUAAGUCCGGAAACGUUAUUCCGUUCCAGUAUAUAAGCCUCACCAAUCAAUGUUACUGGAUGAUGGUGAACAGCCAGAUGUGAUUGACAUGAUGAUAUUAAGGUGGCAAAUGUGCGAAAGUGCGUCCAGAAACCAGAGCAAUAAUAACAGAAGUCGUGGGUAGGAAUCUGCCAAAACUCUCAGCAAAUAUACACCUGGACCUCAAGUUGAUUUACACUACUGAACAUAUGAUUGUCUACUAAUCAGUUUAAUGCUUUUAUGUACUCAUGCAAAAACAGACAGUUCAUUAAGGUAGUAUUCUACUUGUGACGUUGCGGGAGAGUUAUCUCCCUUAAAAUGUUUUAUGCCAUAAUAUAACAGUUCAGGUUUACCUCAUAUUGCCAAUGCAUGCAUUCCUGUGUAGCUGUAUAAAUAUCAUCAGUGAGUCAUGGCUACUCUAAAGCACAAGUGUAGUACGGAACUCUUUUGAGAGGGAGGUGCAUUUCACACUUAGGUUGCAUAUAUCCUUAAGUCGUACGGUUUUUAUCGUGCCUUUUGAACGACUGUUGUACAAUGACACUGUAAAAGACUGUAAGUGGUCACUGCUGGGGCUUUAUCAAGUCUCUAGGAGGAAAGGCAAAACGUGCAAUGUGAAUUCUACUGCAAACUUUUUUCAAUCGACAGAAUUAACAUAACUACUGAAGAUUGAUAAUGCAUAUGUGGACAAUGUACUGAAACACAGAUCAAUAAAAUAUUAUACUGUUA